UGGCGGUCAGCUGCCCCCCGCACGCUCAACUUCCCCAAACUUCCCUGUGGCGGGGUGGGCUGGCGGCGAUGGAUUCACAGAGCCCAGCCCGCUGCUUCGCUCUGCUCUUGCUGGCCUCUUGCAUUGGACACACGGCAGCUUCCAGGAGAAACAUCCCCAGAAGGCAAGAUAGGCUGGGGCCUCCUCUAGAUAUACUGAUGGAUUCACUGAACUGUACAGCUUUCAGCAUACAAUGGAGAAUGCCAAGGCAGCAUGCAAGUACCAUCACAGGAUACACUGUAUUUUACUCAGAGGUUGAAGCUGAUAAACCAGUAAAACAGCUUUCGCAUGAUGUCCCCCUUAGCUUGGAUAUGCUCAGCAUGAGUCAACUUGAUGGACAAGCGAUUUUUGAUGUUGUUAUUGGCAAUUUAAAGCCAGGCACUCCACACCGCGUUAGUGUAGGAGCUUAUGGCUGGGCAGGAAAAGGACGACCCAGCAUGCCCAGAGACAUCACAACCUUAUCCCAAGAUAAAUGCAUGCCUCCUGAACCACCCUAUCAGCCUCAGGUCAUAGUAGUUUCUGAUUCAGAGGUUGCGCUAUCAUGGAAACCUGGAGUCAAUGAAGGAAGUUUCCCAAUCCAGUACUACACCUUGGAGUUUAUCAGGCCAGACCUUGACAGCAAUUGGACAGUAAUAAAAGAGCAGAUCCAGAUGGAAUCCAUGGUUCUAAAAGGACUUAUUCCAAACAGCAAGUACCAGUUUGCAAUCAGAGCAGCAAAUUCCUAUGGAUCCAGCUUACCCAGCACUCCCAGCGACAUUAUCCGAACAUUCAGUUCUGAGGAGUUAGGAAGUGGAAGCUAUGGGCAUCGGUAUAUCACAGGCACCAUAGUCGGUGACGAUGAUGGAUUUGAUAUUGAUGAUUCAGACUAUGACAUUUAUAUUGAAGAGCUCAAGCCACUUCCUGCUAUCAAAGGAGGCAACAGGAAGUUUUUGGUUGAAACCAAGGUUGCUCCAGGGUCUAGUACAAGGCUCCUUUCCAGGCUAAUUACAACCACCUCUGAUCCUAUUACUUUCCCUGCAACAACUAUGCGCCCCAUUCCUACAACCACUGCUAGCACCACUACAGCUAAGGCAACCAGAAGGAAUGGCAUAGCCUCAGCAGUACGGCUGUUUGAUCUGUCCUGUGAUGAAACCAUCUGCUCUGCUGACAGCUUUUGUGUCAAUGAUUAUGAUCGGGGCGGUUCUCGGUGUCAUUGUAACCUGGGCAAAGGAGGAGAGACUUGCACAGAAGAUAUUAUUAUCCAGUAUCCUCAGUUCUCUGGCUACUCAUACAUCACCUUUGAACCGCUGAAAAAUUCCUAUCAGACAUUCCAAAUUACCCUUGAAUUCAGGGCUGAAGCAGAAGACGGUUUGCUGCUGUACUGUGGAGAGAAUGAGCAUGGUCGUGGUGAUUUUAUGUCACUGGCGAUAAUCCGACGCAACAUCCAAUUCAGGUUCAAUUGUGGGACUGGAGUUGCAGUCAUUAUGAGUGAAAGCAAAAUCAAACUGGGCAACUGGCACAGUGUCACUGUGUUCAGAGAUGGGCUGAAUGGCUGGCUCCGGCUGGAUAACGACACACCAGUCACAGGUAAAUCUCAGGGCCAAUAUAGUAAAAUUACCUUCCGGACUCCUUUCUAUCUUGGUGGUGCUCCUAGUGCAUACUGGUUGGUCAGAGCAGCAGGAACCAACCGUGGCUUUAAGGGCUGCGUUCAGUCACUCAUUGUCAAUGGGAAGAUAGUUGACAUGAGACCCUGGCCACUAGGGAAGGCUUUAAGUGGUGCUGAUGUAGGUGAAUGCAGCAGUGGAAUCUGCGAUGAGGCUUCCUGUAUUAACAGCGGUACCUGCACUGCAAGCCAAGCUGAUUCAUACGUGUGCCUUUGCCCUCUUGGAUUUAAAGGUCGUCAUUGUGAAGAAGCAUUUAUCCUGGCCAUACCUCAGUUCAAUGAGUCGUUGAGGUCAUUUGCUACAACACCCUGGCCAUUGGAACCACAGAACUACCUUUCCUUCAUGGAGUUUGAGAUGACAUUUCGUCCAGAUUCAGAGAAUGGGGUCCUCUUGUACAGCUAUGACACAGACAGCAAGGACUUCCUGUCUAUUAACAUGGUGGCCAGCUAUGUGGAGUUUAGGUUUGACUGUGGUUCAGGAACAGCCAUUAUCAGGAGUGAAGAACCUGUCAUUCUGGGCCAGUGGCAUGAACUCAGAGUGUCUCGCACUGCAAAGAAUGCUAUUUUGCAGAUUGAUAAACAAAAGCCAGUAGAAGGAAUGGCAGAGGGAGCUUUUACACAGAUUAAGUGCAACACUGACAUAUUUAUCGGUGGAGUCCCUAAUUACGAUAACCUGAAGAAGAACUCUGGGAUACUGAAGCCCUUCAGUGGAAGUAUUCAGAAGAUUAUAUUGAAUGACCGGACAAUUGAUGUGAAGCAGGAUUUCGCUUCUGGAGUCAAUGUGGAGAACGCUGUCCAUCCCUGUGUGAAUUCGCCAUGUGCUAAUGGGGGAAGCUGCAUGCCCAAAAAGGACAGUUAUGAAUGUGAUUGCCCUUUGGGCUUUGAUGGGCAGCACUGCCAAAAAGAGUGUGGGAAUUACUGCUUUAACACUGUUACAGAAGCCAUUGAAAUCCCACAGUUCAUUGGCCGUAGUUACCUCACAUAUGAUAACCCGGAUAUCCUCAAAAGAGUGUCAGGAUCACGAUCAAAUGUGUUCAUGAGGUUUAAGACUACCCUGAAGGAUGGUCUGCUGAUGUGGAGGGGAGACAGUCCCAUGCGCCCUAAUAGUGAUUUCAUUUCUUUAGGUCUCCAAGAAGGAGCAUUAGUAUUCAGCUACAAUCUGGGCAGUGGCAUUGCUUCCAUAAUGGUGAAUGGCUCUUUCAAUGAUGGCAGGUGGCACAGAGUAAAGGCAGUUCGGGAUGGGCAGUCUGGAAAGGUAACUGUGGAUGAUUACGGUGCUAGAACUGGUAAAUCACCUGGCAUGAUGAGACAAUUAAACAUCAAUGGAGAUCUGUACGUAGGUGGCAUGAAGGAAAUAGCACUACACACAAACCGACAGUACAUGAGGGGUCUGGUAGGGUGCAUCUCACACUUCACCCUGUCAACAGACUACCACAUUUCACUAGUUGAAGAUGCCACAGAUGGGAAGAAUAUUAACACCUGUGGGACAAAGUGACAAGAGAAGACUCUCCACAUGGAAGGACCAUUGUGCGGAUGUGUAUGUCGCUGAGACCAAGAUUACCGGUAAGGCCAAUGCUUUGAGUUGGUCAUGGAGGAAAGAACCAAACUGAAGGGAAAUCAUACAACGGGAGACCAUUUCCCACUCUCCUCCUUUUGAUGCUCUGUGACUAAACCAAACUGAGUAUUUUGUGUACGAAAAGUCACAUUUAACCAUUAAAUGUUUAGUGAACACUGAAGAUCAUACAACAAUGCAAAUUACCAAGUACAGUGUGACGUAAUGCGUAUUGUGAUUCCAUAGAGAUUUUUUUACAUAUCCAACAGAACAGUAUUGAAACAUAUUCUUUCCAGCUUACAAUGGCACAAUGACUAUCAUCCAACUAACAUCUUUUCAGGCUCUGUAUCUAUGCAUUCAAAUUUCUAUCCCAGAAUAAGCUGAUCUUCUUACCAUUCACUGCAGUGUUCAAGGUUAUGUUCCAUCCUGUGUAAAUAACAAAAACCUACAUCUCCUGGUUUCAAAACAAUGUUGUUUGCUGAAGAGGAUAAAUUCUUAAUAUUAAAGUCUACUUUUUUAUUGCCAGCAGCAAAAUCAACAAUCCAAUUUUGUAGAAGUAAUUUUGUACUUGUAUAUUUUUAUAGCUGCAGCAAAAGAACUGAUUAAUUAGUAUAACUUUUAAAAUUUAGGUGUAAUACACUUAGCUCUUUGCACAUUUUCCUAAAAGUAACAAAACAAACUGUGUUUUUAAUUUGUUAUAUAAGGAAGUUUAAUGUCUGUAUUAUACGGUGUCAGUGAAGAUAUUUGUGAAUUAUAACCAGUUUUAAAUCUGACUUCUUUUUUGUAAAUUUUGACAGUUAAAAUUGUACAUUCAUGAAGCUUUCAUGGCUUAAACAGAUUAAAAAGGUAUAAAAUUCUCUUGCUACUGUGAUAUUUCACCAUCAGUAUUUAUAUAUCUCAUCUCACACAAAGAUCAGACUGUGUAAGCAAGAGCACCUAGCAGAGUGCAGCCAACUUAAAUAGUUCAUUUUUCAUGCAUCAAAUCAAAACCUAUUCAACAGUAUUUGUCAAACUGAUGUUUAUAGGAUCAGCAGAACAGACAGAA